CUUUCCGCAUAAUACUCUCUCUCUCUCACCCACUGUUUCACUCUCCAAAGGGAAACGGGAAGAAGGAGGGAGGGCGGCGGCGGCGGCGGGUUAAUGGCGAAGUGCGAUCCGGCGGAGGUGGGACCGGAGGCGGCGGCGGUGGCGGUGGAGGAGGCUCAUCCCUACGCAUUUCAUGUAUCUGGACCUCGCAAUGUUAUUUCUCCUAAUUGGCGAGACCUCAUUAAUUCCAGUUGGAAGGAUGGGAAUUACAAAAGGACUGUAGUUGCGUGUUUCAUACAAGCAGUUUACUUGCUAGAACUAGACAGGCAAGAGAACAGAAGAAAAGAAAAUGCUCUAGCUCCCAAAUGGUGGAUCCCCUUCAAAUACAAGCUAGUUCAAACCUUGAUUGAUGAAAGAGAUGGGUCCAUAUUUGGUGCAAUACUAGAGUGGGAUAGGUCUGCAGCCAUGGCUGACUUAGUACUCAUCAGACCCAGUGGUGCACCAAGGGCAGUUUUGGUAUUAAGAGGGACAUUACUCAAAAGCCCAACGAUCCGACGGGACAUUGAAGACGACCUCCGGUUUUUCGCUUGGGAAAGCCUGAAGGGAUCCGUCAGGUUUAAAGUAGCUUUGGAGGCAUUGAAAUCAGUUGCAGAAAGUUAUGGAAGCAACAAUGUUUGUAUUGCUGGUCAUUCCUUAGGUGCUGGGUUUGCUCUGCAGGUGGGAAAAGCCUUAGCCAAAGAAGGAAUCUAUGUCGAAACCCACUUGUUCAAUCCUCCUUCUGUUUCAGUAGCCAUGAGCUUGAGGAACAUAGGGGAAAAAGCAGAAUUUGCUUGGAAGAGACUCAAAUCAAUGCUUCCUUCAGGCAGCGAGACAACAGAAGCCAGCAAUAUUGAAGGUGAAAAACCACCUGGGGCAGCUGGUUUAAAGAGUUGGGUAUCAAAUCUAAACAGGAAGAAUCCUGGGGUAGGAAUUGGGAAGUGGGUACCUCAUUUAUAUGUAAAUAAUAGCGACUAUAUCUGCUGUUCAUAUACUGAAUCUGAUCAAGUAGAGAAGAAAAGCAGUGAAGGGAAAGAAAAUGUUUGUCCCACAAAUGGGCAAGCAGCACCUGCAGCAAAGUUGUUUGUAAUGUCAAAGGGAAAGCAGAAGUUUCUUGAGGCUCAUGGAUUGGAACAAUGGUGGUCUGAUGAUUUGCAGCUUCAGAUGGCUCUACAUGACAGCAAGCUUAUAAGUAGGCAGCUCAAGUCCUUAUACACCCUUUCACCAGCACAACCACCAACACAGGGAAAUCCCAAAAGGUGAAGUUUGGUGGUUGGCUGGAUUUUUUUUGCUAAAUAACUCAUUUUCGGUCUCGGGAUAUGGCGGUAUAGGUCUUCUGAUGUCAUGUCUCAUGUCUGUUGCUUCAUUCAGAUUGUGUUUAACAUAAAUAUAUGAGCUCUUCUCUUAGUCUUUUCAA